AUGAUCUUGCGAACCGUCUCGGAAGCGAGAGACAACGUGUCGACGUGCCAAUACGAGAUCCAGUGCUUGAUAACGCCCAACGUCACAGGAGUGAUCCCGUCAGCCAAAAUCGACGUUUCAUUCUAUAACAUCCCUUUCGACGUUCAACUUGCAGAUCCAGAGUUCUACAAGCCGGAGAAAAUCGACAUGCUUCUCAGAGCCAAACUAUUCCUGCAGUUACUACGACCUGGCCACAUCAAAAUCGACGAAGACUUCCCCGAGCUGCGCGGAGCCUCCCUAGGAUGGGUGGUAGCUGGAGUCUUCAGAGAGCGUUCCAAUGCCAACGAGGUACAGCACUCGCUCACCACAUCGCUAGACGACGUCGAGGAGGCAAUUCAGCGUUUUUGGAAACUUGAAGAAGGGCCUGAUGCCAGCCCAUUAACCAGCGAGGAGCAAGAAUGCGAGGCUCAUUUUCUCGCAACUCACCGUCGCACUGAAGAUGGACGUUACAUCGUGAGGUUGCCGUUCAGAGAUAACGCCAACGAACUGAAUGAUUGCCGUUCUGUUGCUUUGAAAAGGUUCCAGAUGUUGCAACAGAGACUACAGAAGAACCCAGAAUUGAAGCAGCAGUACAUCGAGUUUAUGCGAGAAUAUGAGCAGCUGGGACACUGCCGAGAGAUACGAGAAUAA